AUGCGCUUUGCCACAUCCUUAACCGUUUUCUUCCUCGCCGCAGCCGCCCAGGCCAGCGUCGCCCAGCAGGAUGAACCUUACGCCAUAGCCGCGCGGGCUGACACGGACGAGCCCGUGGCCAUACUGGAGAAGAAGGAAGAGCCAGGUCUGGAGAAGAGGGCCUGCAACUACAACGGAUGCAAGUGCGACAGCAAGAACAAGCAACUCACCGUCUGCGGCAACUGCGUCUGGAGCCGCGACAGAGGCUACGUCGUGACGAGCAAGAGGAUCGCCAACCACAUUUACGAGUGCUCGCCCAGCGGCAGAUGCUGCGACUACGGUGUCGCCCAUGACUGCGGUUCCCUCUCUGCUCGGUGCAUUGUGAACUAA